UGUAACAUUUAUGGAUUCUUCCAAUAACUUUCACAGCAGUGACGAAGACGAACUCGAAAUCACUGAGAAGAACCAAGAAAAUCCCGGAGACCAAACUGCAGAAUUGCAAAGCACUGAGUCUGAAUCCAUCAGAGAUGGAGAGGAAAACAUUGAGAUUGAGGAAGAUGAAUUGAGUCAGAAUGAUGCGACUUCAGAGAAGGAAUCAACGGAAAACAGCGAUGAUGAGGAGAAAAGCUUUCAGAAUGGGGAGGAUCAUAUUUUUUACAGGCCAUUAUUCAAGGCUAUACAAGAAAAUGACUGGAAAGGUGUAGAAGAUUUCACAAAAAGACAUCCAAAGGUGUUGACGGCCACCAUUAAGGUAUCUAGAAAAGAGAAAUUUUUCCAAACAAUUACUCGAAAUUUAGACACACCCACUUGGCUUAUGGAGAAUCUAUUAAAAGAGGUGAGUCCAAAAUCACUUGAAGAGUUCGUAGAUUACCAUGGAGAGUCUGUUAUUUUUCGUGCUGCUAAAUAUGGCCAUAAAAAGGCUGUAGAGGCCUUUGUGCGUAGAAACCCUUGUUUGCCAAAUAUAACAAAUGAGGAAGGCUAUCUUCCCAUUCACAAAGCAGCCAAGUCUGGCCACAAGGAAACGGUUCAGUUUCUUCUCUCAGUGACGCAGACACGAUUGGAUGAUAAAAAUGGCGUUGAUCUUCUUCAGUACCUCAUCAAUUCCGGUAUAUAUGAUGUAGCUUUGGAUUUAUUAAAGCGCUAUCCAAAGUUGGCUCGUGAAUCUGAAUACAGAGGACGCAUUUUAUUGAAGUUGGCAAAUAGACCUCUCGCAUUUGAAAGCGGGAGUCAUAUGGGAUAUUGGAAACGCUUAAUCUAUCAGUUGAUUCCUAUGCAAGGUGAACAGAUUCCACUUCCUGAAAGUGUGAUCGGAGACAUGGAGAACCCCUCCGAUCAAAAACAAGAUGUGAUAACAAAAUUGUCACAUCCAAAAUUUCUUCUGCAAAUCUCUAUUGCUCUCGGUGCUUUGUGCCAAAAGUUAUGUAUUUUUCUUUGGAAUGCACUUAUGCAGCUUGCACCCAGUAUCAAGUCCAUUCGGGAAGGGAAAUUGAUGCAUGCACAAACACUUGAGAUAGUUCGAAUAAUGUGCCACGAAGAAAUUAUUUGGAGUGACGACGGAUUCUAUGACUCAUUACGUAUUCCAUUUCUUACAGCUGCAAGAUUGGGGAUUCAAGAGCUUGUCGAUGAGAUUCAGAAGGCCUACUUUUAUUCAUAUUUGAAUAUUGACAAAAAUGAUAAUGGUAUAUUUGAGCUUGCAGUCUUGAAUCGCCGAGAAAAACUUUUUAUGUUCUUGAAGAAAAUGAAUUGCCAUAUAUGGGAAUGGAGGGCCGCCAAUACAGAUACCGGAAAAGCUAACUUUCUGCAUUUAGCUGCCAAGUAUGUACCUUCAACCGAAAUCUCCGGUGCAGCACUGCAAAUGCAAAGAGAGUUGCAAUGGUUUAAGGCUGUGGAAAGAUACGUCCAUCCAUCUCUUCAAGAACAGGUAGAUGAGGAAAACAGAACGCCAAGGCAAGUGUUCACAGAAGAGCAUGCAAAAUUGCUAGAACAAGGUGAAAAAUGGAUGAAGGAAACAGCUCAAUCGUGCACGCUUGUAGCUGCUCUCAUAAUCACAGUCGUCUUUGCAGCAGCUUUCACUGUUCCAGGUGGCAACAACCCAGAAGGCAUGCCCAUGUUCUUGCAUCGUCCUUCUUUCCUUGUUUUUGCUGUAUCAGACUCGCUUGCACUCUUUUCUUCUACUGCAUCAUUGCUUAUGUUUCUGGGCAUCCUCACAUCGCGUUAUGCAGAAGAAGAUUUUGUGAAGUCAUUGCCAAGUAAAUUGAUCAUUGGCCUCGUAUGCUUGUUCUUUUCUAUUGCAACCAUGAUGGUGGCAUUUGGGGCUACUAUUUACAUAUUUCUGUCUCAUCCAUGGAAAUGGGUUAUUGUUCCAAUUUCGCUGCUUGGAUGUGUGCCAGUCACCUUAUUUGGCUUGCUACAGUUUCCUCUAUUCCUUGAAAUAUUUUCAUCCACUUAUCAUUCUAGAAUUCUUCAACCAAUUAUUAGGAAGUCAAUGUAGUUCACUUUUUUCUUUCCAAAAGCUACACUAUUGGAAACGAACUGAUUCAGUGCGAUUAAAGAUCCCUAGAGGUGAAUGUUCGCCGACGACUAUUUUGAAAUUAAAUUUUUUUAAUAUAUAAAUCAAGGCUGAAAAGUUAUGUAAUCAAGUUUGUGGGGCAAAAUGUUAUCUAACUUCACAACAUUGAAAAUAAUAAAGGGUAUUUUUAUCUUUUUAA